CCAGUUUUUUGCCUCCUUCUCUCGACCCCCUUGACGGCUGCAAUACACAGGAGAAUCUGAAAUAUAAUCAGUCUUGCUUUCUGGCAGGCGACCCACGAGUGAACGAGCAAAUCCUUCUGACCUCCCUUCACACAAUAAUGGUCAGGCAACACAACACCCUUGCCAUUCAACUGAAGGACAUCAACCCCAGCUGGCAGGACGAGCAGCUGUUCCAAGAGGCCCGCAAAAUUUUGGUAGCGCAGCUGCAACACAUCACAUACCAGGAAUAUGUGCCCAGUGUGUUAGGGCCGAGAUUCAUGCGCCAUCUACACCUGUCGCCAAAAACUGAUGGGCAGUACACACGUGACUAUGAUCCACACCUGUCUGCCUCUAUUGCUAAUGAGUUUGCUGCUGCCGCCUACCGGUUUGGUCAUAGUCAGAUUCAGGGCUUGGUGCAGCAGAUUGACGGGGCGAGAAAGAAUGUUAACUUCGCGCAGCUGUCCAGUACCACAUUUAAUCCAUUUUCUUUGUACGUGGACGGCACAAUGGCAAGUUAUGUGAGAGGGGAGACUUCGCAAAAAGCAGCCGCAGUGGAUACCUACUUCUCCCCGCAGGUAACGGGUCAGCUGUUUCGCGGGAAGGCCAAGACGGGGAUCGACCUGGUGUCCGUCAACAUCCAGCGAGGCAGAGACCACGGGGUUCCUUCAUAUACGCGCGCGAGGAUGGCGUGUGGGUUGCCCCGUGUUCAGAACUUCACUGAUUUAGCCGCUGAGAUGGACGCGGGGGCUCUGGCCAAGAUUGCGGCUGUGUACAGCCACGUGGAGGAUAUUGAUUUGUACACGGGAGGGCUAGCAGAGAGACCAAUAGAAGACGGUCUGGUUGGCCCUACCUUCGCAUGCAUCCUCGCUGACCAGUUUCUGAGACUCAAGAAGGGGGACAGAUUUUGGUACGAGACGAGUGAGGAACCCCAGGCGUUUAGUAAAGACCAACUGGCGGAGAUACACAAGUUCUCGCUAGCCAGACUUCUAUGUGAUAACGUGCCGGAGCUGCUGUCCAUACAAAGAUGGCCGCUAAGGGUCUUCGCUACCGGUAACCCGCGCCUGCCCUGCUCCUCACUGUCUAUACCCAAACUUGAUAUAGAUCUAUGGGAAGAAUACCCCCUGUAGAAGAAUGGCUGGUUUUUCAGGGUAUUUAGGGGAGUUUUUAGGGUUUUUAAGGGAGUUUUAGGGUUUUUAAGGGAUGUUUAGGGUUUUUUGAGGGACUAUUGGGGUUUUUAAGGGAGUUUUAGCGAAUCUUAAAGGAGUUUUUAGGUUUUUAAGGGACUUUUAGGGUUUCUUAAGGGAGUUUUAGGGUUUUUAAGGGACUUUUAGGGUUUUUAAGGGAGUUUUAGGAUUUUUAAGGGAGUAUUUAGGGUUUUUUAAGUAUUGUAGCGUUACUUAUGAAACUUUUCGGGUAUUUUAAGAAAGUUUAGGCAAUUUUAAAGAGACUUAAGAGAUCUUUAUGAGAUUUAGGUGCUUCUAACAAAAUUUUAUGGUUUUAAGGGAAAUUUUAGGGAUUUUUAAGGAAUUUUAGGGUUUUAAGGUCAUCUGAAUAAUUUUAAGGGAAGGUUUGGGCUUUAAAGAAAAAUAGAGACUUUUUAGAUGUGAGGUUCUAAGGGAAAUUUUGUGAUUUUAAGAGAAUUUUAGGGAUUUGUAAAGGUUUUUCAGGGAAUUUUAGGGAUUUAUAAGGGUUUUAAGGGAAUUUUAGGGAUUUAUAGGGUUUUAAAAGAAUUUAAGGGAUCUAUAAGGGUUUUUAAGGGAAUUUUAGGGAUUUGUAAUGUUUUAAGGGAAUUCUAGUGAUUUACAAGGGUUUUUUAAGGGAAUUUCAGGGAUUUAUAAGGGUUUUUAAGAAAAUUUUAGGGAUCUAUAAGUGUUUUUAAGAAAAUUUUAAGGAUUUAUAAGUUUUUAAGGAAAUUUUAGGGAUUUAAAGGGUUUUGAGGGAAUUUUAGGGAUUUAUAAAGAUUUUUAAGAAAGUUUUAGGGUUUUAUAAGGGUUUUUAAGGGAAUUUAGGGAUUUAUAAGGAUUUUUAAGGGAAAUUGGGGAUUUUUAAUGGAAUUCUGUAGUUUUUAAAGGAUUUUCGUUUUUCUUAAAGAAUUUGGAGGUUUAAAGGGUUUUAGGAUUUUUAAGAAAAUUUUAAGGUAUUUUUUAGGGAAUUAGGUAAAUUUUGAGUGAAUUUAGGGUGUUUAAAGGAAUUUUUAUUUUUUGCGGGAAUUUUAGGGGUUUAAGGGAGUCUUAAGAGAACGUAGCGCCUUUAAGGGAAUUUUAGGAGUUUUAAGAGAAUUUUUAACGUUUCUUUUUCAUUUUUAAUUUUUCUUCAUCCUUUUUUUUUUAUCGUCACUUUUUUUUUUCUUUUGAUCUCGUUUCGUCUUUUUUUUUUUACUUUUCUGUAAGAUUUUUUUUCUCGUUUUUUUUAUAUUUUUUGGACAGAUUUUCCUAUUUUUUCUUGUUUAUUUACUUAUUUAUUUAUUUAUUUUUAUUUUUUCUGAGUUUCCAAGAUUUACCGGGAAAUUUAAGCCACUGUUGUUUAGAAUCACUGCCCGAGUCCUUUUAUUUAUUUAUUUAUGUAUUUAUAUAUUUUUUAAGGAUUAUUUUCACUUUAUGUAUAAUUUUAAGUGUCACAAUAUUUAGUCACUCUUGUUUUUAAGGUUUUAGGGUUUAAGGCAUUGCUGUGUAUAUUAAUUUUCGGUGCAGAGGUCAGGUUUGUUAUUGUCAUUUUUCAUAAACAAACUGCCUAACUCCAUUUUCUUUUCUUUAUUUUUUUCUUUUGUUUAUUUUCAUUUGUCUUUUUUUUUCAUUUUUUCCCUCGUGUACGGUUAUGACUUUUCCAUUUUUUUCCUUUUUCUUGUUUAUUUAUUUCAUUUUUAUAUUUAUUUUUCUUUUCUUUUAUUUAUUUCUUUAUUUCUCUCACCCAUUUUAAACCAGUGAUGAAGGAGUAAAGCUGCUGGUUAACUCUUGCGCUAGGGAGGUGGACAGAAUAGUGGUGAAAGACUGAGAAUACUGGUUAACUCUUGCAUUAGGGAGGUGGACAGAAUAGUGGUGAAAGACUGAGAAUACUGGUUAACUCUUGCAUUAGGGAGGUGGACAGAAUAGUGGUGAAAGACUGAGAAUACUGGUUAACUCUUGCAUUAGGGAGGUGGACAGAAUAGUGGUGAAAGACUGAGAAUACUGGUUAACUCUUGCACUAGGGAGGUGGACAGAAUAGUGGUGAAAGACUGAGAAUACUGGUUAACUCUUGCAUUAGGGAGGUGGACAGGAUAGUGGUGAAAGACUGAGAAUACUGGUGAACUCUUGCAUUAGGGAGGUGGACAGGAUGACAACGAGAGAAAGCAAAAAUUCACCUGAACAUUUAUGCUUCUAAUAGGAAAAUAAAUAAAUGAAUUAAUUAAUUAAAUAAUAAAAGGCAGAUUGUUUAUAGAAGUGACAUUAUGAUCCUUAUGUACCCGUAGUUAAGGUCGUAAUUCAUCUGCUUACUAUUUCCUGUGAUGGGUAAAUAAAUACAACAGUUAUUUGUGGAUGGCUUAAUGUAUGGUGUUUUGUAAGGUAAUCUUUAAGUCUUUAUUAAUAAUUCUAUGACCAAGA